CAAGAACAAUGAGUGAUGCUGGUAGUGGAAGUGAAAGUUCUAGCUCCGGGACUAAUGAUGGUUCGUUGGGCUCGAACGUACAGAAUUCCAUCAACAAUCGUGCUCAACGGGAAUACCGUGAGGAGAUAGUGAAAGAUAUGGCAAUAGAGAAAAUGAAGCAGAAAAUGCAUGACAUCGUCAACCGGAUGAGUAAAGAUGUGGAGAAAAAGAUGGACCUGGCGGUGGAUGAUCUGUUCACCGAGGUGAAACAGUUUAAUCUGAAAAAUUACGAACUUAAACAAUUGUUUAACGAAAAAGUAACGGACGCAGCGCAUUUAGAUGGCCAUCGGAAGAGUACCAAAAAGGAUGGUAAACUGCCGGAUAAAGUGUUUAUGCCUCGAAAUUCGUUGCUGACGGACCUGUUCGAAGUGAAGCAUAUAAAAACGAUCUAUCACAUAUUCGUUGUGAUGUUGAUAAUUCUGUUCCUAAAUACGGUGGUGCACGAUUUUGUGGAUACGGGCAGCAUCAAUCUAGGGUUUCGACCGAUCAUUGCCGGGUUCGGCAAGUUCCACAUUGCACUGAUGCUGUGGUGUUGUAUGCAAACGUCCACCUUUAUGCUGUAUCCGUGCUUCCGAAUGUGGGCUGGAAAUCGCAAAAAUUUUAAACCUGAUUCCACUCUUCAGAAGCUCUGGGACUGGUCUGCACUCACCCUAUUUAUCGCCUAUCAAUGUGGAUUCAUCGUUGGCGCUAUCAAAGCCCACCUAUGGUACGAUCUUCCACCAGCAAGUGGUGUGGCCUAUCUGAUGGAAAUGACACGAUUUCUGAUGAAGGCGCAUGCCUUCAUUCGAAGCAAUGCACCCAGAGCAUUGACUAGCGAUAGGAAGCAUCCCGACUCCAAACCAUCCUCUCCGGACGCUUACCGUGGUUUACCGUCAUUUUCAACGUACGUUUAUUUCCUGUUUGCUCCGACGUUGGUGUAUCGUGAUGAAUAUCCCCGCACAAAGCAGAUCCGUUGGCGCGUCGUAGCUCGUCAUGCGCUGGAAGUGGUCGGAGUUGUCUUCUACAUCAGCUUCAUCCUGGAACGGUUUCUGGCACCGUUGUUCGCAAAGUUUGGACACGCCAAGAUCAGUUCCGGCAGCUUUGUUCUGUCACUUUUCGGAAGCAUUAUGCCGGGAUCGUUGUCCUUCCUGUGUGCGUUCUACAGUUUGUUGCACGCGUGGAUGAAUGGAGCUGCCGAACUGUUGCGGUUUGCCGAUCGGAUGUUUUAUCGGGACUGGUGGAAUGAGUCCACGUUUGCCGGGUAUAUCCGAUCGUGGAACGUGGUAGUGCACGAUUGGCUGUACACGUACGUGUAUAAGGAUUGUGUUGAGCAUGUGUUCCGUAACUGUCGACCGCUUGCUACGGUGGCCGUGUUUACUGUGUCGUCUGUGUUCCAUGAGCUUAUAUUAGCGUUCACCUUCCGGUUCUUCUAUCCGGUAAUGUUUGUGCAGUUUGAGUUUCUGGGUUUAAUGCUAAUGUUUGUCACCAAACGGAUGGGAAAGGAUAUUGGAAAUGUGCUUCUGUGGUUGGUACUUUCGAUUGGGAACGGAUUGCACCUAAGUCUGUACAAUAUGGAGUACUACGCUCGCCGGAACUGUCCCGAUAUUGGUGAUUCGAUCGUUGACUACAUGGUGCCUGUAUCCUGGACCUGCAACGGUAUAUCGCAUAAUCCCAACUGGACCAUUACGGCACCGUGGAGUCUACAAUGACGAACUAGCAUGAUGUAGAAAAGACUGAAAAAUAGGU